CGGACGGGAGUACAGUUUUUGCAUCCUCACAAAACGGCGGCUUUUUGGUUUUGUCGCUUUUAGAUCCUAGCAGGCAAGGGCAGCUGACAGAUAGGUGGAAGCGAGUCGCUGAAGUGGAACUUUAUUCACCAGCGCCCGUUCUUCGCAGCACCAGCUUCCGAUCAUGUCAGGAAAUACAAUACGCGCAGGGCUAGUUGAGAAUUAAACAUCUGCCACUAACUUUAGGAGCGCAAAAAGAUGAUAAAAUCAUGCACAAGAAGUAGAACCUCAACCUGAACCGCUUUUCGUCGUCCUGUCGCACGAUCGAAGCACACGACCCUGCGCACUACGGCUCUGACACGCGGAGGUUGACACAGCGCUACAACUUACGCACUUCUCCAGUACUUCUACAGGAUGAAGAUUGCAGAGGAAAAUAACAUUCCCAGUUUCGACUUCAUUCCGGGUUCUGCGGCGACAGGGCAGCACAAGAUCACGUCGAUGCAACAGAACGGGAGAAGUUCUUGUCCUUUUACUAGCGACGAAGUUGUAAUUACUUGGAGUAAAAAAGAUUGUUGUUCAACCAGCCACGGUAGUACAUCAAGGGAUGCUUCUUGUUCUCACGACUGCCCUGGUCGUGCUACAACGUCGCUCGGUGGUCGUCUGCUGCGAGGAGGUUCUUGGAACAGGAACGCAGAUGAGGCGCUUUUUGCUUCGAUCAUUGGGAACCCGAGGAAAUACCGAGGAGUGCUUUUCUGCGCGCUUCUUUUCGCGAUGCUCUUCUUGUUCACGAUUUUUUGCCUUGUCGGAUCAGGACUUUGCGGGCUUGCUCCGAGCAACUGGAAGAUCAUUUCUUGGCAGAACAAGUUCAAUUCUCUUGGCGUUUCACCAUCUCUUGGCGCAACAUCUCCACCACAAAGUGGAAUGCCAUCUCGUGCGGACGGUGAAAAAAUUAUAGGACUUUCGAGAAGCGAAAAUGAAAGUAAUCGCAGGUGGACGGCGACGGCCGCGCACGAGGUUGCGGAAGAAAACGUGUCAACAGGAGAAGGCGAGCAGAACUUCGCUGUAGUACCUGGCGCGCCGACCGCGGUUGAGACUAGUGCUGAAGUUGUUGCCGAUCUUGUACGAGGGGACCACGGCGCUUCUGUGCAAGAACAGCGCCGCCUGCGAGCGCAGCAGUUUCUCGAGCUGCACUACGGGAGUCAGGCCGCGGCCUCGGCGAUGCUCGAAGAGGAGCGUGUGAACGGGGACGUCGGAAUCGCCACCGCUGCUGUUGUCGGCUUGGGCUCUGCUGCUGCAGCUGCUGGCACACGACGACGUAAACACCUGACGGCCGAGAGCGAGUUCGAGCAGGAACGGCAGGCACGGGAGGCCAAGACCGCGUCGGGUAAGAAAGCAGCCGAUCUCAAGGCACAGAUCGUUCGAUUCGAGGCGCACCAACGGGAUGGCAAGGAAUUUCGACAGGUGAACCAACUUGGCGACACUUCCGACCUGAACGAUCGGGCAGCGAACAGUGGGGGCGGUGCGCCGCCGAGCCGAAGAUCCAGCAGGCCCAGUGGCGCGGCGAACAUGUGGACUCACAACGCCGCGCACGAUGAGGCGCAUCGAUGAGGCGCAUGCGAAUGGCGAUUGAAUCAGCCUCCAAAAAAUGGUCCUGCUGCUGUGCCGUACAUGUGACAGGGCUGCAUUAACAGUGGCGUCGGCAUGCUUUUUACUAAAUAUGGAACAAAGUAGAAACUACAAAACACAAAACCACUGAGAGGACGUUGAUGUCAGCUACAGUGGAGCAAUAUGACCGCGCAAAUCCAUGUAUUCGACCGUACCAGAUCUGUG